UAGCUUUUUUUUCAAUUCUCAUGACAAAAUAGUACCAGUUUACCACUUUUCAUGCAACACAUGCAGACAUUAUAGUUUUUAAUUUAUCAGUUUUUCAUGAAAGGUGACGAAAUAAGUAUUUUUCAAAAAAUAUUGUUAAAUAAAAACGGUCAACGGGUAAUAGUUUAUAUGUUGCACAGUUGUUCAAUUAACACAUCCCUAUUUUACCUAGAGCAUUGCAGCGCAUAUAGGUGUAAGAUGUUUGAGAAAAGGAGACAGAACGAUAUUGGUGAUUAGAGACCAUGGAGAAUUUAAGUUUGCUUGAUCAGCUUGAGUUGAGCUUGACAUUUUGUUUUGACAGAUACAUAGUGUAAAUGAAAUACAAUAAUAUACAGAUUUUGUGACACAAAGACGAAAUACUAGAAGCGAAAAGUUCCAAGUAAGAGUGCGCAUAAGCGGAAUGCAGUGGCAAAGUGAAGCUGGGUAGCAACAGGAGCAUGGGCGGUGGUGUGAGAAGCAGCGCAAGGCUGAGCGGCAGCGCCGCGCGGGCGGAGCAGCACACCGCCGCCCGCAGCGCGCCGGCCGACGCCGCAGCGAGAGCCGCCGCAGCUGCGCGCCGCGCUCGCGCUGCCGAGCGUGCUCGCGAGGUUGAGGACAGCCCCCGUGUACUCCGGGAGAAGUGCCGCCGCUUAGCCCGCGCCGUCAAGGAAGCUAAACACCUCGUGGUGUACACGGGCGCGGGCAUCAGUACGGCGGCCGACAUACCCGACUACCGCGGCCCACACGGCGUCUGGACGCGGCUGCAACGCGGCGAGACCGUCGGGCGGGUGGAGGUGACGCGCGCGCAGCCCACCUUCACGCACAUGGCGCUCACGGCGCUCUGGGCCAGCGGCGUGCUCAAGUUCGUCGUGUCGCAGAACUGCGACGGGCUGCAUCUGCGCGCCGGCCUGCCGCGGCGCGCGCUCGCCGAGCUGCACGGCGACAUGUUCGCCGAGCAGUGCGCGGCGUGCCGGCGCGUCUACCUGCGCACCUUCGACACCACGGAGCGCACGGCGCGCCACGCGCACGGCACGCGCCGUCUCUGUCACACGUGCGGCCGCGAGCUGCGCGACACCAUCGUGCACUUCGGCGAGCGGGGCCGCGCCGCCUGGCCGCUCAACUGGGCGGGCGCGCUGCGGCACGCGGCCGCCGCCGACGUCGUGCUCUGCCUCGGCUCCAGCCUCAAGGUGCUGCGCCGCUACCCGCGGCUGUGGCGCAUGCAGCGCGCGCCUCACGCCCGCCCCGCCCUCUACAUAGUCAAUCUGCAGUGGACGCCCAAGGACGCCGUGGCCGCGCUCAAGAUCAACGCGCGCUGCGACGCGGUGAUGGCGGCGGUGGCGCGCCGGCUGCGGCUGCGCGUGCCGCGCUACAGCCCGCGCCGCGACCCGCUGCUGGCGCACGGCGUGCCGCUCGCCCCGCUCGAGGCGCACACGGCGCGCCGCGCCCCGCUCUCGCCGCCCGCGCUCGACCCCGACUCCGACUCGGACGCCUGCUACUCGCUCCCCUCCGCCUCCUGCUCCUCGCCCUCGUCCUCAACCUCGGCCUCGGAGUCGGACGAUAGCGUGCCGCUGGGCCGGCUGGCGGAGCGGCUGCGCGCGAUGCGCCAACCGCACACUUCCACGGAUUGCGAACCGCUGCAAUCGCUCGCAAGGAAAAGAUUCCUUCCGGACCGUUUCCGUUCAUUCCAGGUGAGCAUGCGGUCGUGCGAGGCGACCAUUCUCCUGCGCGCCGAGCACGCGCCCCCCGACCUGCCGCCCCCCGAGCCGCCGCCCACCGCGCCCCCUGCGCCCACCGCGCCCCCUGCGCCCACCGCGCCCCUCGCGCCCACCGCGCCCCCCGCCUCGCAUUUCGAUAUCACUUCUCCGUGUUUAUCUAUUGUUACCGAUAUUCAUUGUUCUCCAUCUCUGAGUUGUACGACGAGCGGCGCGACCUCUAGUGAUAAUUUCUUUAAAAUGCAUGCAGCGGGUGACGUACCGGCGUCCUCCGCCACCGCGUCCACCGCGUCCAGCGCGACCAGCGCGACCAGCGCGGUCACCGGCGAGCUGCGCAGGUUCCGCAUGCGGCGGCUCUCCGGGUCCGCGCCUGCGCACUGCGCCAACGGCCCCUCUCUGCUCCAUCCGCCCCCUCGCCCGCCCGACGGGAACUUCAACACGCUAACGAAUCCGACCACGACCGUCAAGGAGGAAGACGACGAGAAGAAGUUCGUCAACGGAGAUUGGCCCUGCGGCUCCAAGCUGCGGCAGUUGCUCGAGAUAAAAUCUUUCGAUGAGGACGAGAAGAAAGCGUUCCAGCUGCACGGCCGGCUCGGCGGGGAGGACGUGGCGGCGGGGGCGGCGGGGGCGGACGGAGGCGACAGAAAGUGCAAGGUGCAGCUGCCGGGCGACUGGAGCGCGUGCGGCAGCUCCGUCAGCGCGGAGCGGGAGCGGGAGCGGGAGCGGGAGCGCGAGGAGAUGGGCGCGGCGGAGGCGGAGGCGGCGGCGUUCAUCCGGCGCGCGGUGCUCGUGUGCCGCGCCUCGCUGUACCCCGGCCUGCACACCAUCCUGGGCGGGGCUCGCGGGGGGCGCGGCGCGCGUCUCUGCGCGUGGUGCACGCGGCGCUACGGGUCGCGCCGCUGCUUGUGGUACGGCGCGCCGCCGGACGCGGGCGCGCUGCGCACGGCGCGACGCGUGCGGGGGCGGCGCUACCUGUGCGCGUGCUGUCCGGAACGCGCGCACUCGCCGCACGCGCCGCUGCCGGACGACGCGGGCUGGUACGGCAAGGGGUACCGCAAGGGUCGCCGCCGCCGCCGGUAGCCGAGCCGCGCCCUCGCUUCUCGCAAGGGAAAACUUUCUUCUCACCCUCGAAUGAAUAGUGUGAAAAUGUGGACAAAUGGCUCAAUAAAAAUGGGAACUUUGACAUGAAGUGAUAAUUUGUUAUCGCAUGAAGACGACGAGAAUACAUAUUUUAAAGUCCGGGCGCGCACGUUACGCGGCGACGAGAGACAAGAAAAGUGCAAAGUGAUAACAUUUCUCCAUGAACGAUCUCGAUAGCCACUGCCAGUGUUAGUUUAGUGAAUUACUUAGUACAACGGAUUAGAUGUUAAGUAUUUAUUUUGUAUGCGAGGCGGCCCCGUGCGGCCGAGCUCGACUGUUAACUUUGUGUUAUUUAUAAAAAGGGAAACAGCACGUACACUUGGAUGUAGUAAUAUAGUAAUGUUGCGACGUGUAGAAGCGUGCCGGGGACAGCAGUUAUCGCGUCAGUUAUCGGGCGCGCUUCCUGCGCUCGCGACACUGCGACUACUCUUACCUCUAAUGUUUUCAAAUAACAUUAAAUAAGUUUGUCGUGGCUGUAUAUGUUUGUAUGUAAUUGUCUGACGAGUGCACAUGUUCAGGCAUAAUUUAUAAAUCUGUAGCCAUUAACAUGUCCAAUGAUGAAUGUUCGCUUCAUGAUAUACAGAUUCAUACUGAAUGAAUGAAUGGAUGAAUGGAAAGUUUUGUGUAUCUGAAACACUUAAGUGUCAAAAUUUGUCUGAAGCUUCCAAAGCAUUGUGACGAUUGGUGACUAACUUGGUUAAAUUAUCAUUUUUUUUUUUUACAUUUACUUUUUUCUACAAAUUCGAAAGUCCUCUACCUCCACAAAGCUUUUGAUUCGUCCCUUAAAAAUGAGCCUGUACGUGUACAAUGUACGGCGAGGGAUGAGCCGGGUGACGCGCUCCGAUUCAUUAUGUUGUAAAUAAAACAUUAAAACAUU